UGCUGCGCGUGCGUCAAUGUAAACGCUCCACUUUUUGCUCCAGUGUCGUCUGCGAACGUUCGCUUCCGGGCCACCUGGGCAUUGAGCUUGUUAUACACUCCAAACAAGAGACGCAGUAGCUGCGCGUUUACAGCGCGGUUUUCACGUCCCACACACACACACUCUCUCACUGCUGCAAGCUUGGCCCUCCAGGUUUGUAUUUCCCGUGAAGCUUCAUUCUGGACAUCAGCAAGCGCUCAUCUUCACUACGCAACCCAUUUCAUCCCGGCUGGAGGAAUACGCCAAUAAAGAUGGAAAAGUAUGCCUGCAUCGUUGAAGAUGCCAUUAAUUCAAGAGCUGACACGCUGACAUUACUGGGGCAGUACCUGUGGCGCAAUCCAGAACUCGCCUUUGCCGAGGUCAAAGCCCAUGACUACAUCAGCAGUUACCUCGAGAACGAAGGAUUCAAAGUGGUCCGAAACUACGUGCUCCCCACGGCUUUUCGGGCUCAGUUUGGAGAUGGAGACGUGACAGUGGCUGUGCUGUGCGAGUACGACGCCCUUCCAGGUCUUGGCCACGCCUGCGGUCACAACCUGAUUGCCCAGGGCUCAGUAGCGGUCGCGGUUGCCGUGAAGGAGGCGCUGCGUCGAGCGCCGCUGAGAGGAAAAGUCGUGCUGCUUGGCACGCCGGCCGAAGAAGGGGGCGGCGGCAAGGUGCAUCUCCUGAAAGCUGGAGCGUUUGAAGGCAUCCACUUCGCGCUCAUGGCCCACCCGAGCACCCGUAACGUAGCUGCAUGCGGCACCACAUCUGCCACCAAGUACGCGGUGACCUACAAGGGCCUUCCGGCUCAUUCGGCUGCGGCGCCCUGGCAAGGCCGCAACGCGUUGGACGCCGCUGUUGCUGCUUACGUCAAUGUCGCCUUGCUCAGGCAGCAAAUAAGUCCCGAAUGCCGCGUUUCAGGUAUCUUCCGCAAAGGCGGUGAGCAGCCCAACAUUAUACCGGAUGAGGCUGUGCUGGAAUUCGAUUUGCGUGCUCCAGACGCUUCUAAACUGAACGAGCUCCAACGUAGGGUUCGCGACUGCUUCGACGCCGGGGGCCAAAGCGCAGGAUGCGAGCUGAGCGUGGAGGAACUGAUGCCCAUGUACAUGAAUCUGGUGCCGAACUUCGUCAUGGCGAAUAUUUACAGGGAUUACGCGCAACAGCAGGGACUGCAUUUCCCGGAUGGUAACGACUCUCCUGCGAGCAGCGCAUCCACCGACGUCGGCAACGUGUCGCACACCGUGCCCACCAUACAACCUUAUUACACUUUGGAAGCAGUCACGUCGGGCGGAAACCACACCGAAGGCUUCCGAGAGGCCAGUAACGACCAGCGAUCUUAUGACGUCACCUUGAAGGUUGCGAAGGCGCUGGCACUUACCGCCGUCAGAGUAAUGAGUGACUCGUUAAUUCUGAAGGACGUGAGAAACGAAUUUGCAAGCUCACUGAAUUCAACGCUGGAUGAAGGACGACUUCACAGAAGCAGCACAGUGAAAACAGUGGCGAGCCUGUAGCCGAAUUUCACGUCGCUAAGGCCGCCUGACAUAACCUGAACGUGUCCUUAGCAAAUGAAACACGCCGCUAUAAUUAUAAACCGAGAAAUAAAGGCAAUUCCAGAUGAUCAA